AUGAGCAGCGAAGAUGCUGUUCUUUCGACUUCAGUAUCCCCCAGUGAUCAUGGAACUGUAAUAAACCAUAAGAAAAGAAAAGCGCAAUUGUACUGUGCAGUGUGUGGAGACGUGGCUUUAGGAAAACAUUAUGGGGUUAAUGCUUGUAAUGGUUGUAAAGGUUUUUUCCGACGAAGCAUAUGGAAGAAUCGAACGUAUGCAUGUAGAUUUGGAGGGAGUUGUCCGAUCGAAAAAGAACAAAGAAACACAUGUCGAUCAUGUCGUUUAACUGUUUGUCUACGUGUAGGAAUGAACCCUCGAGCGGUUCAGAGCGAAACGGGAGAUGAGCUCAAUAAUUCUGUUUCCAUUCCCGCUUUUCUUAGUGAUGAUGGAGAAGAAGAGGUUGUAAAUACAAUAGAUGUUGAUUGUCAAACUGAGGAUCUUCUGUUCGAUAACUCCUCUCGGAGCAGUGACAUCAAGAGUUAUAGAAAUCUCGAGGAUUUCAUACAAAAUCUCCGAGAUAUUUUUGCACGUACAGAUGAUACGAGAGAAUUUCCUAGUAAUGUUUCGUAUCCUUUCAAAGUGGCCUUCUAUAAUCCACAUCUUGUAUCUCAGAGAACAAAAAUUAAUCCUACUGGUGAAAGACCAGCAACAAUCAAAGAUGUGCUUAAUGACUUCAAUAGAUGUUUUGUACUGUUUUCUGAUAUUCUCAAUAGUCUACCAGAUUUCCAUCAACUUAAUGAAGAAGACAGGAUGACAGUGGCAAAGUCUAGGUUCGCUGCUUUUUACUGGUGGCUUUGUACAAAUUGGACAGUAAAAGCAGGGUGUAAUGGAGUCUGUUACUCGAACGGAACAUAUCACUCUGCCAACAAAUCUGAACAGGGUUUCCCAGAUAACACUGGUGUGACGCAGAAAUCUCUUGAGACUCUGGCUGCUCCUUUGAAAAUGCUCAAUUUAUCUCAAGAAGAAAUAAUGGUCGGAGCUGUGUUCGUUAUAUUUGCCGACUAUGUGCCCUUCAUCAACUCUUCUUCUCUUCGAAUCUUAAACCAAGCUCGAGACAAGUACAUCGCACUACUCUCUGAAACUGGAACGAAUGGAAGAACUGAAGCUGAAGUGGCAUUACGUAUAGCCUCCAUUUCCCUCUUAGUUUCUUCAAUAACUGAUCUCACUUUUUUAUCAACUGAUAACAUUGAAGUUUCCGACAUUUUGCAUAUUGUUGAGUUCGCCGGAUGGACUACGGAACUACGCAGACACCGAUUUGAUCGAAAGUUUUAA